AUGACCAACACACUAGACAUUUCCAAGCGCGACCACACGAUCAACCUCGGUGCUGGUCCCAGCUCACUCCCCACUUCGGUGUUGCUCGAAGCUGCCCAGGGCAUCCUCGACUAUGAAGGCACGGGAAUGGGUCUCAUUGAGCUUUCGCAUCGCAGCAAGACCUUCCAAAGGCUCAUGGACAAGACCGAAGCCGACUUGCGCACCUUGCUCAACGUUCCCGACUCGCAUGCUGUCCUCUUCCUGCAAGGUGGUGGCACGGAGCAGUUCUCUGCUACCGCGCUCAACCUGCUUGCGGCACACGCGGUCAAAAACCCAGACUAUGUCAAGUCGAACGGCAACAAGGGGCCGCCCUGCGACUACGCUGUGACUGGUUCGUGGACUGCCAAAGCUGUCAAGGAAGCCGCCCGUUUGGGCGCUACCACCAACGUUGCCCUGGACGCACGCAAAGUCGAGGGCGCCAACGGCAAGUUUGGAUCGAUCCCGCCGGUCAGCGAAUGGAAGCUGAGCCCAGUCGAGAGCAAGCCUGCGAUGCUUUACUACUGCGACAACGAGACUGUCGAUGGUGUCGAGUUCCCCAACCCGGGAUUCCCGAUCGACCAGCUGCCUGAAGACUACCGCAAGCAGGUGCCCCUCGUCGCCGACUGCUCGAGCAACAUCCUUUCGCGCCCCAUCGACAUAGCUGCCCAUGCCAUCGUCUUCUUUGGCGCUCAAAAGAACGUCGGUCCCUCGGGCACCACUGUCGCCAUUGUGCGCAAAGACCUGAUCGUCGACCCGGACCAAGGCGUGCCCCACGGCGGUCCUCGCAUCCCAACCACGUUGGUAUACAAGAACAUGCUCGACAACGGUUCACUGUACAACACUCCACCCAUGUUUGCCAUUUACGCCUCUGGGCUCGUGUUCCACGAUCUGCUGCACAACAAGGGUGGUGUUGCAGGCGCAACAGAAAGAUCGGAAAAGAAGGCUUCGCUUAUCUAUGGGCUGAUCGACAACAGCGAGGGAGUGUUCUUGCCGACAGUGCGCCAGGCUUCGGCGAGGAGCAGGAUGAAUGUCACUUUCCGAAUUUCCAGACCGGGCGAGAACAAGCCGGAGGAAGCGCUGGAAGAGGCGUUCGUCAAGCGAUGUGCGGAGAACAACAUUGUUCAGGUCAAGGGGCACAGGUCGGUGGGCGGUAUCCGUACCAGCUUGUACAACGCUGUGACGGUGGAGCAGACGCAGAAGCUUGCCGAGGUCAUGACGAGCUUCAAGGACGAUCUCAAGGCUGGUAAGCUCUGA